UCUUGACGUAAUUCCGUCCAUUUGACCGACUGUCAUGGAAGCCCUCGUGCAUGAAUGUAAACCGUGUGACUGCUCUGUUUAAAAGCGGGAGCGUUUCUUUUGUGUUUUAUUCCGGUAAAUAUGAGGUGUUUGCUCCGACUGGGCCGCUCGUUCGGCCACCUUCGGGUCCGGUUAUGUCACCAGAGUGUUUACAGCAGGAACACAAACCUCCGGAGAGUGGGAGUGAACCUUGGAGAGAAAAAACUUGAAAUCUCUUCGGGGAAGUUUGCAAGGUUUGCUGAUGGUGCUGCUGUGGUACAGCUGGGGGACACCUCUGUGAUGGUGACUGCUGUGAGCAAAACCAAACCUUCUCCAUCUCAGUUCAUGCCACUUGUGGUGGAUUACAGACAGAAGGCUGCUGCUGCAGGUCGAAUCCCAACCAACUAUUUGAGGAGAGAACUAGGCACCACUGAUAAUGAGAUCCUCACCAGCAGACUCAUCGAUCGGUCGAUUAGACCUCUUUUCCCUCCUGGCUACUUUUAUGACACUCAGGUCCUUUGUAACCUCCUCGCAGUUGAUGGUGUAAAUGACCCAGACGUGCUAGCUAUUAAUGCAGCUUCUGCUGCUCUGGCUCUGUCUGACAUCCCUUGGAAUGGCCCCAUAGGUGCUGUACGAGUUGGUAUGGUUAAUGGAGAGUUACUGGUGAACCCGACAAGGACAGAGAUGGCUUCCAGCAGUUUGAACAUGAUUGUGGCUGGGGCUCCUAGCAGUCAAGUGGUGAUGAUUGAGGCAUCGGCUGAGAACGUUCUGCAGCAGGACUUCUGCCGUGCGGUAAAGGUGGGAGUCAAACACACCCAGCAGAUCAUACUGGCCAUCCAGCAGCUGGUGCGGGAGCAGAAAGUCAUCAAACGCACGCCAGUCAGAAUGUUCUCAGUCCCGACUGACAUGGUGGAACACGUCCAGAAAUUGGUGUCUGAGAAGAUCCAUGCUGUUUUCACAGAUUACUCGCAUGAUAAGAUUUCGAGAGACGAAGCGAUUAACAAAAUACGACUAGAAACUGAGGAGAACUUUAAAGAAAAAUUCCCUCAGGCGGAGCCCUUUGAAGUCAUUGAAUCAUUCAAUGCUGUGAACAAAGAAGUUUUCCGAAAUUUAGUUCUCAGUGAGUACAAGAGGUGUGAUGGAAGGGAACUGACGUCUUUAAGGAACAUAUCCUGUGACAUUGACCUCUUCAAGCCGCUCCAUGGCUCAGCUUUGUUUCAGAGAGGACAGACACAGGUGCUCUGCAGUGUUACAUUUGACUCCCUGGAAUCAAGUGUCAAAACAGACAUUAUAACCACUGCUCUCAGUGGCAUCAAAGACAAAAACUUUAUGCUUCAUUAUGAGUUCCCUCCUUAUGCAACAAACGAGACUGGGAAAAUGGGAGGUCUCAACAGGAGAGAGCUUGGGCAUGGAGCUCUGGCUGAGAAGGCUCUUAGACCGGUCAUUCCUACAGAUUUCCCUUUCACCAUCAGGGUCACAGCAGAGGUGCUGGAGUCCAACGGAUCCUCCUCGAUGGCUUCAGCGUGUGGAGGCAGCCUUGCUCUAAUGGAUGCAGGCGUUCCCAUCUCUUCAGCUGUAGCAGGCGUCGCCGUCGGCCUGAUCUCAAAGGCUAAUCCAGAGAAACCCGGCGAGAUGGAGGACUACAGAUUACUAACAGAUAUUUUAGGAAUAGAGGAUUACCUGGGAGACAUGGACUUCAAACUGGCAGGAACAAACAAGGGUAUCACUGCAUUACAGGCUGAUGUGAAGAUUCCAGGUUUACCUCUUAAGGUGGUCAUGGAGGCGAUUCAGCAGGCCACAGUGGCAAAGAGAGAAAUCUUGGGUAUUAUGAAUAAAUGUAUAGCAAAGCCCAGAGGGACCAGGAAGGAGAAUGGACCUGUUGUUGAGAAUGUCAGGGUACCUCUGUCUAGAAGAGCUCGCUUCGUUGGUCCAGGAGGAUGUAACCUCCGAAAGCUUCAAGCUCAGACGGGCGUUACAAUAAGUCAGGUGGACGAGGAGACCUUUUCUGUGUUCGCUCCCACACCAGGAGCCAUGAAUGAAGCCCAAGAGUUUAUCAGAGAGGUCUGCAAAGAUGAUCAAGAACAGCAGCUGGAGUUUGGUGCUGUCUACACUGCCACCAUCACAGAAAUAAGGGAUAUUGGAGUGAUGGUGAAACUUUAUCCCAACAUGAGUCCAGUGCUACUGCACAACUCCCAGCUGGACCAUAAACGGAUCAAACAUCCAAGUGCUUUGGGCUUAGAAGUGGGACAGGAGAUACAGGUCAAGUACUUUGGACGGGAUCCAACAGAUGGAAGGAUGAGGCUUUCGCGAAAGGUGCUCCAGUCUCCUGCUGCAACUGUGGUUAAAACCCUGAGUGAGAAACAGAGCAUCUCUAUGGGCAACAGCAACAGGACCGAAAUGGACGUAUGACACCAUGCUUCAGCAGACGGGAUUGAAACUGUCGAGAUAUUUGGAGAAAAGGAACAUAUGGACAUAUUUACUGAAGGAAAUAACAUGAGAUGCUUGUUUAUUAACGCUAAAUAGCUACUGAGUUCUGGUACUCUUUACUGAAACAUCCUCUAAUAAAUCUGCCUCAGCCACAUCUGAUUGAGAUACAGAUGAUGUUGAUUCUAAUGUUUUUUUUUUUCCCGACAUUGCCUUUUAUGUUUUUUACGUCACUUGAAACAACAAGUCUGUGUUUCUGUUGGUCACACCUGGUGUGAUAAUACAGGUGUGAGUGGAUGGACGUAUGAGUUGUGCUCAAGAGACUCAUGGUGUAUUUAUAGUAAAUGUGAUAUGUGUAUUUACCAAUAUUAAUCAUUUUUAUAGCUAAAACUCAUUUUCGUAAAUAAAAUACACAAAAUAAUCCA